GUCGUAACAGACGGCUCCACAAUUAAUCUAUAUGAAAAGCCUAGUCUUUAUGGUGAAGCAUUUUAUGAUAGGAAAUCGAAUUAUUCUCUCAAUUGUCAGAUAUCUUUUCCUCUUAUUCUAAUGGGUGUUAUCAUGCCACAUAACUUGCUUAUUGUCGACUAUUCCCUCAGUCAUCCUGGAAGCACACAUGAC